UUUGAUUUGCAGAUGCCAGCUAUUUGACAAAUGGGUAUUUAGAUACUGUAAUAGAUUGGAUACCAGGCAUGAGACAUAUUCGUUUGAGGGACUUGCCAACCUUCGUCAGAACCACAGAUCCAAAUGACAUCAUGCUGAAAUAUCUUGUGAGAGAGUUCGAACGAGCCCAGAAAGCUUCAGCAAUCAUUUUCAACACAUUUGAAGCCUUAGAGCUUGAAGUUCUGGAUGCACUUUCGACUUUCCUACCACCUAUUUACUGCAUUGGACCCCUUCAACUACAGGUUAGUCAGAUUCCACCAGAUUAUAACAAUUUGAAGUCGAUUGAAUCAAAUCUUUGGAGAGAAGAAACAGAGUGCCUUGAAUGGCUUGACUCAAAAGAACCAAAUUCUGUGGUUUAUGUCAACUUUGGAAGCAUCACAGUCAUGACAGCUGAGCAGCUAAUUGAGUUUGUAUGGGGACUUGCAAAUAGCAACAAGGCCUUUUUAUGGGUUCUAAGGCCUGACCUUGUUCGUGGAGAAUCCGCUGUGGUUCCACCGGAGUUUUUGGAAGAGACCAAAGAAAGGGGUCUAUUCGCAAGUUGGUGCCCUCAAGAUCAAGUACUGAGCCACCCAGCUGUAGGAGGGUUCUUGACACACAGUGGAUGGAACUCCACCCUUGAAAGUUUGUGUGGUGGAGUGCCCAUGAUCUGUUGGCCCUUCUUUGCAGAGCAACAAACCAAUUGCAGGUUCUGUUGCAAAGAAUGGGGCAUAGGCAUAGAGAUAGAGGAUGAUGUUAAAAGAAACUACAUAGAGGACCUUGUGAGAACAUUAAUGGAGGGAGAGAAGGGCAAAGCGAUGAGGAAGAAAGCCAUGGAAUGGAAGAAGUUGGCAGAGGAGGCCGCUACUGGUCCAAAUGGGUUAUCAUUCUUGGCUUUGGACAACAUGAUUAACCGUGUUCUUCUUUCUCCAAGAAAUCUGAAUUGACUAGAAUCUAGCUGGUUGUUUCAGUCCGUACUUUGAAUCAUCUUGUUCCUGAUAAGAAGUUCCUUUUUGCUUUUGUGUAGUUUUAUGUGCUUUUGUGUAGU